AUGGGGCCUCUCCCCGCGCCUGCCAGCUUCAGAGCUGGCCUCGCCUGGGCUCUGCUUAGCGUCAGUCUGGGGAUGGAUUUAAGUUUGCAGGAAAGUUUGCUGUUAAAAUCCUUGGGUUUGAGCACCAAGCCCAGCCCCAAAAUCCCCAUUCCUGUGCCGUCUGUGCUCUGGCGGAUCUUCCAGAAGAGAAAGACGCCUCCUGCAAACAAAGACCUGGCGGAUGGCUGUAGGGUGGAGGAAUUUAAUGUCCCGGGGAACAUCAUCCGUGUCUUCACUGACCAAGGCCACUUCAUUCAUAGCGGGCAGCCCCAGACGUUGCUGUGCCUGCAGAAGCGUCUGUACUUUAAUCUCUCCGUGCUGGAGGAGGGCGAGCGCUUGACAAUGGCUCAGCUGGAGAUCAAAUUCAGCCACAACUCCUACCACACGUCCAGCCGGGGGCAGGUUUUUGAGCUGAGGCUGUACCAAGCCCCCCAGCUGCCUCUGCGGGGGACGCCCUCCCACGAGCCCGGCCGCACGCUGCUGGUGGAGCAGUCCUUCGCCCGGCUGCACAAGUCUCUGCUCUUCAACCUGAGCGGGGUGGCGAAGGACUGGAGAACUCACAGUAGGAAUCUGGGCCUGAUCCUGGAGAUCUCGGUGAGCAGCGGAGGCGGAGCGUCAGCCGGGGCGAGCGGGGGGCCGCAGAGCCUCUGCGCCAGCAUCGACUCCUUCCUGGAUACCUCUCUCUUGGUGGUGAGCCUCAGCCAGCAGCAGUGCCGGGUCUCCAGGAGGAGGAGGAGUGCUUACAACAUCCCCGUCACGCCGAGCAACCUCUGCAAGCCCAGGCGGCUUUACAUCAGCUUCAGCGACGUCGGCUGGGAGAACUGGAUCAUCGCCCCGCAGGGCUACAUGGCCAACUACUGCCUCGGUGAGUGCCCCUUCCCCCUGACGGCCGAGCUCAACAGCACCAACCACGCCAUCCUCCAAACCAUGGUGCACUCGCUGGACCCCGAGGGGACGCCCCAGCCCUGCUGCGUCCCCGUCAGGCUGUCCCCGAUCUCCAUCCUCUAUUACGACAACAACGACAACGUGGUGCUGAGGCACUACGAGGACAUGGUGGUGGAUGAGUGUGGCUGCCGGUAGCGGAGGGGCUGCGUGGGUGCGCACCGUGGGGUCCCGGGUGAAACGUUGAAUGGUUGAUGGAAUAAACCCACGUGCGUUAAAUCCCCUCUGUGCUGGUGUUUAGGGAGUUUCCCUUGGGACGUGGGGUGUCAGAGCUCCCCUCUGCCCUGCCUCCUUCAGGUGCAGCCAGGGGGGAGGUCUGGCACGAAGGGAUUGUUUUGGGGUUGUGCUUUAGUGAGAGCUUGUGCUUGGCCAUGCAGCCAGAGCCAGCAGACGGUUAUGGGAUCAUGAUCAAGUCCCUGGGUGUCCCGUUGUUCAUUCUGCACAGGCGAUGGUGGCACCAGGUUGUGAAUCCCGGCCCCCUCUGUGCCUUGCAGAGCUGGCGUUGCCUCUGCUGCUCAGCCAGGGAGGGGCCUGCACGGCACAGCAGCAGCCAGGCUUGUGCUUUUCAGAUUUUUUGGCUAAAUGCUGCAGCUUUUGCGGUGUAAAAAAGAAA